UUUUGGCCACAGAUGAAACCUCAAGGAGUUGGUUUAAGACACUUUUUUGGAUCGCUGAAUUCAAGUACUCCAGAUAAGGGGUGCUUUUCCAGCUGUGGCCCCGUGACCCGUGACCCCGUCCUUCCAGUUCCCCAUCAGCUUUUUCCCUCCCAAGUUGUUGGUUGGACAGGGUGUGCGGUGGCGAUGCUCUCGAAGUUAGAUGUUUGACUUUGCAUAUAUGCAUGGAGCAGUCGCCAGCAGCUGACAGUGAAACCAUCCAAGCUGUUGGAGUGAUCGAUCGGCUCAUUACCAGCUGUUGACCACCAAGAUACAGUUUGACUCUCUUCACCUUUCACCCUACCCUACAUCACCCGUUAGACAAUGGCAAUCCCCCUCGGCGCUCCUGCAGCUCCCAAUCCUGGAAACAGCUCGAAUGGGCCAAGCCAAGGACGAAAGGCUUUCAAGAAUGCCGAGAAACCGAUGGAAGUUCGAUUGAGCAACAUGACGGCAGCGAAAGCGAUCUCUGAUGCAAUUAGAACCUCUCUUGGUCCUCGUGGGAUGGACAAGAUGAUUCAGACGGCCGAUGGAAACGUGACGAUAUCAAACGAUGGAGCCACUAUCCUCAAAUCAAUGAGUGUCAUGCACCCCGCUGCUAGAAUGCUCGUCGAACUUUCGGCUGCCCAAGACGUAUCGGCUGGUGAUGGAACUACUAGUGUGGUCGUCCUUGCAGGAAGCCUCCUCGGCGCGGCUGAAAAACUAUUGGCUAAAGGAAUCCAUCCAACUAUCAUUGCUGAGAGCUUUUCACGCGCAGCGAUGAAAAGUGUAGAAUUCCUUGAAGAAAUUUCUACCCCCGUUGAUCUCAAUGAUCGCGACUCAUUACUGCGCGCUGCAAGCACUUCCCUAAACUCCAAGAUCGUCUCGCAAUAUUCUUCUAUUCUGGCCCCGAUUGCAGUCGAUGCCGUCAAACGAGUAGCCGACCUAGAGACCUCUAGUGUUGAUCUGAAGAACAUUCGAAUCAUCAAGAAAGUUGGUGGAACGAUCGAAGAUACUAGCUUGGUUGACGGGAUGGUCUUGCGCCAGAGUGUCACCAAUAGCCAGGGAGGGCCAUCAAGGAAAGAAAAGGCUAAGAUUGGCUUGAUUCAAUUCCAAUUGGGUACACCCAAACCAGAUAUGGACAACGAAAUCAACGUUACCCGAUACGGACAACUUGACAAGAUUCUCAAGGAGGAGCGACAAUAUCUACUAGAAAUCUGCAAAACGAUUUCGAAAACCGGAUGCAACGUGUUGCUAAUUCAAAAGUCAAUUCUCCGGGAUGCGCUAAACGAGAUCGCUGCCUUUUUCCUCGCCAAAUUUAAAAUAAUGGUGAUCAAAGACGUUGAGCGGGAUGAGAUCGAUUUCAUUAGCAAAACCUUGGGCUGCAAGCCAAUUGCUGACAUCGAAGCUUUCUCAGCGGACAAGUUGGGCGAAGCUGACCUUGUGGAAGAACUUAGCCUCAAUGGCGCCAAGACUGUUCGGGUCUCAGGGAUCAAGAACCAAGGCAAAACGGCAAGUAUCCUCUGUACUGCCGCUAACGAACUGGUGGUGGAUGAAAGUGAGCGCAGUUUGCACGAUGCCCUUUGUGUGAUUCGAUGUCUAGUCAAAAAACGUGCCUUGAUUGUUGGUGGUGGGGCACCCGAAAUUCAUAUUUCACGGCUCCUGUCUCAACAUGCCCAAACACUCAAAGGGAUGGAAGCAUACUGCUUCCAAGCUUUUGCCGACGCUCUGGAAGUUAUCCCCACCACGCUAGCCGAAAACGCAGGUCUGCCAAAUCCAGUCGCAGUAAUCACUGAAUUAAGAAGUCGGCACGCCGCCGGGGAAAGAACUGCCGGUAUUAACGUGCGAAAGGGCUUGAUUAGCAACAUGUUGGAAGAAAACGUUCUACAACCGUUGCUUGUCUCGACUACUGCUAUCACUUUGGCCACUGAGACUGUGGGAUUAUUGUUGCGAAUAGAUGACUAUCACCCGACUAGGUGAUCGCUUCCAGAUAAAAGUCAAAGCCGCUUAUGAGUGCAGCGCAGCUUGAUCGAUUGUAUCAGAAACCAAUCCUUGACUUUUCUACAUCCCUCUUUCAUUGUGAUUCUAUUUAGAAAGAUAAACAUCUCAUAGCUAUUAGCAGGUGAUGAAUUCGAGUGAGCGAAUAUAUCCCUGUUCUCCCGCAGUGUAUGAUCCUAGGGGUUGUUUUAUCCACAAGUUUACCACUUGAGUACUCAUUGUGAUCCUUGAAAUGACGGGUUUUGUAGUGAGCUCUCACAUAGGGUUAUCAGAUCAUACAAAUCUCAGUCUAAUUGAUCAGAGAGAA